AAUGGUCACACUGGAUACCAUUCUGGACAACAAGCCAAAUUCACAGCCAUCACUUACUUUGCUUGUUGUCUUCAUCACAAUUGCAACACUUUUUUUAGUUGGUGUGUUUCUACCUCCCAUUAUCUCACACACUCUUUCUUAAACAAAUCUUAUACCAACCAACCAUCUACCAUGUCGCUAGAAUUGAAAAAGCCCAACUUGAUCGAAUCCAUUGUGCUUGGAGGAGCAAGCUGUAUCUUCACAGUCAACUUUACCCAUCCCAUUGAAACCGUCAAGACUCGCAUGCAAGUGACGGGAAAUGGUUUGGGAACCGUCGUCAGCUCUCUUGUCAAAACCGAAGGAGUCACUGCCUUUUGGAAGGGCAUUGCCUUUGCAUGGGGUCGUGAGGGAUCUUAUGCUUCCAUCAAAUUGGGCGCUUACGGGCCCGUCCGUGAUGCCCUUGGUGCUGGAAAGGAUGCUCCCUUUUACAUGAAGUUUUUGGCCGGCGCCAUUACUGGAGGUACCGGAUCCGUCAUUGGAAAUCCAUUUGAUGUCAUGAAAACUUUGGCACAGGCCAACAAGGAAAAAUCAGCACCUCUCAUGACAUUGGUCGGAAACAUGUACCGUGAUCAGGGUGUUGCUGGGUUCUACCGUGGUGUGGGAGCCAAUGUCGCCCGUGCAUGCGUCUUGAAUGCCACCAAAAUGGCAUGCUACGAUAUUGCCAAAGGAUACGUUGUCGACGCCACCGGAUGGGGACGAAAGGACCCUCGUACCGUCUUUGCUUCUGGUAUGGUCGCUGGAAUUUGCAUGACUGUCACCGUCUCUCCCUUUGACCGUAUCCGUACGUCUCUCAUGAAUCAACCCACCGACAAAAAACUCUACACUGGAUUCGUCGACUGCUUUGUCAAGACCAUCCAAGCCGAUGGUCCAACAUCCUUGUGGAGAGGAUUCAUCCCCAUUUGGGCACGAUUUGCCCCCACUGCCACCAUUCAACUGUUGACUCUGGAGACCCUCUACUCGUACUUUGGAUACGCCAGUCUCUAAACGAACAUACAACAUCAUUGGAUGUAUGUUGUGUUUUGCCGGUGCGCGGCGAGAGAAAACCACAAUGGAGAAUUAUUGGAGAUGAGGACGUGCAUGAAGCAGAGCGUGGGGAAUUGAUUGAUUGAUUCGAUUCAGUUGGCUUCAACGGCCUCCAUGCUUUUGAACGAGAAUUCUUGUCCACUUGACCUGGCGCAAUCAUUUUAGCAAGAACGGAGUAGAGAAGAAUUGCCGGUGUAGAUGUUGUAUAGCCGAGUGAGUAGAACUGAUACAUGAACAUAAGAAAACGUAGGAAUAACCAAUCGACUGUUUACAUGUACUGCC